AUGGAGGCUGACGGUGCAGGUUGAGGUCGUGGUUGACUCCUGAUUGUAACUCCAGACCCUGUGUGUGUGUGUGUGUGUGUGUGUGUGUAUGUGUGUGUGUGUGUGUGUGUGUGUGUGUGUGUGUGUGUGUGUGUGUGUGUGUGUGUGUGUGUGUGUGUGUGUGUGUGUGUGUGUGUGUGUGUGUGUGUGUGUGUGUGUGCGUGUGCGUGUGUGUGUGUCUGUGUGUGUCUGUGUGUGUGUGUGUGUGUGUGUGUGUGUGUGUGUGUGUGUGUCUGCGUGCGUCAUCUAGACACAAUGGAUGAGACAGACAGAGCCUCAUCUCCCAGGCUCCACCACCACAACUUCUCUCAUAUGGUCAACAUAUUCCAGGCAGUUUCCUAGAAAGCAACAGGAUUCUGGAUGCAGAGAAUACGUUGUGAGCAACAUGCAUGUGGCUCAUUCAAAAGUUCCAUAAGCAUAGGCUGUGCUCAGGUAUUUCAGAAGACUAUUGGAUUUUGGCAUGUGGCCUCCUGGUUCGGAUUUCAAAACUGUGUGGCUUGUGGCUUGGUCUUGUAGCUCCCUGUUUAACCAUCUGAAACAGUCAGACAGAUUUAGCCUACUGUAAGCAAGGGGAAUACUGACACCUAGUGAAGGUAAAAUAGAACUAGAGCGAUAUUUUACAGUUUUCCAUUACCUUGUACAGUAUAUCAAUAACCUGGGUGUUACACUAGUUUUAACACAGAAUGUUAACAGUGAGAAAUAGGUUGACUGAAAUUAAAGAAGCUAAACGCAAUGUUUAUUUCUCUUGCCCUGUUGCCCAACACUACCUCAUCUCUCAGAUCAAAAGGCCAGUGAGUGAUCCUAUGACAUUAUUAAUACUUAAAUAGGAUGACACCACUGUAUGAGUGAAACAGCAUAGCAACAGAGUGUGUACUGAUCAGAUCAUCCUAACAGUGGUAAACAGACAGACAAAUGUAAUGUUAUUGUCAGCAGUAUUGACUCCUCAACUGUUGGGUGUGGUCACAAAGCGGACAUAAUACCACUGCAGGUGAGGUGACAGUUGCCUCUGACAUCAUCCCCAAGUGAGGUAACGCUGGUAACUAACAGGAACACACCUUUGGGAAAAGGUGAUGGUACAGUAUUCUCAGCUGGAUGACGACACCUAUCUACCUGGUUUGGAUAAACAGGUAGGUUGUUAGGCACUAUUCUAUUCUGUCAGGAUCUGCCUUAAGCUUGGCUCCCCAACACAACAUCAUGGCACGAUAGCAACACAUUGCGUCAUCUGACUGUAGAAACGUGGCAGACGAGUGAUUGCCUUUAGGGGCAGAGUUUCCUGAACAAAUCCGCCAACGAACGUAAUCAGCAGAUGCCAUCUACUGUACGUAUGUGCUCUAUCACUGUCUGUAGAUCAUAGAAAUGAGUCAACCAACAGACAGCAAUGACGGUUUUCUAAUCAUUUGUCUUGCGCUAAAUUAAUGAAUUAAUGAGCGAACGAACGACUCUUAAUCGUCAAAUCAAAUACAAUUGUAUUUGUCACAUGCGCCGAAUAAAACGGGUGUAGACUUUACUGUGAAAUGCUUGCUUACGAGCCGUUCCCAACGAUGCAGAGAUAAAGAAUUAUAAUAUAAAGAAAAAUAGUAAGACAAGAGGAAUAAAAUACACAAGAAUGAAGCUAUAUACAGCGAGAGCCAGUACCAGAUCAAUGUGCAGGGGCACGAGGUAUGAGGUAGAUACACUACAUGAACAAAAGUAUGUGGACACCUACUCGUCGAACAUCUCAUUCCAAAAUCAUGGGCAUUAGUAUGUAGUUGGUCCCCCCUUUGCUGCUAUAACAUCCUCCACUCUUCUGGGAAGGCUUUCCACUAGAUUUUGGAACGUUGCUGCGGGGACUUGCUUCCAUUCAGCCACGAGCAUUAGUGAGGUCGGGCUCUGAUGUUGGGCGAUUAGGCCUGGCUCUCAGUCGGCAUUACAAUUAAUCCCAAAGGCGUUCGAUGUGGUUGAGGUCAGGGGUCUGUGCAGGCCAGUCAAGUUCUUCCACACUGAUCUCGACAAACCAUUUCUGUAUAGACCUCACAUUGUGCAUGGGGGCAUUGUCAUGAUGAAACAGGAAAGGGUGUGGUCAAAGGACCUUCCCCAAACUGUUGCCACAAAGUUGGAAGCACAGAAUCAUCUACAAUAUCAUUGUAAUGUUAAGAUUUCCCUUCACUAGCAGUCGUACCAUGAAGAAGCCCCAGACCAUUAUUCCUCCUCCACCAAACUUUACAGUUGCCAAGAUGCAUUCGGGCAGGUAGCGUUCUCCUGGCAUCCGCCAAACCCAGAUUAGUCGUCUGACUGUCAGAUGGUAAAGUGUGAUUCAUUACUCCAGAGAACGCUUUUCCACUGCUCCAGAGUCCAAUGGCGUCAAGCUUUACACCACUCCAGCCGACGCUUGGCAUUGCGCAUGGUGAUCUUAGGCUUGUGUGCGGCUGCUCGGCCAUGGAAACCCAUUUCAUUAAGCCCCAGACGAACAGUUCUUGUGCUGACAUUGCUUCCAGAGGUAGUUUGGAACUGGGUAAUGAAUGUCGCAACCGGGGACAGGCGAUAUUUACGCGCUUCAGCACCGUUCCCGUUCUGUGAAAUUAUGUGGCCUACCACUUCGCGGCUGAGCCGUUGUUGCUCCUAGACGUUUCCACUUCACAAUAACAGCACUUACAGUUGACUGGGCAGCUUUAGCAGGGCAGAAAUUUGACGAACUUACUUGUUGGAAAGGUGACAUCCUUUGACGGUGCCACAUUGAAAGUUAAUGAGCUCUAUGUAUGUGUGUGUGUGUGUGUGUGUGUGUGUGUGUGUAUAUAUGUAUAUGUAUAUAUAUAUAUGUAUAUACUGUAUAUGUAUAUAUAUAUGUAUAUACUGUAUGUGUAUAUAUAUAUAUAUAUAUAUAUAUAUAUGUAUAUAUGUGUAUGUGUGUAUAUAUAUAUUUGCGAGAGAAAAAAACAUAUGGGGGAUUGGAAGUGAUGCAGACAAUUACAUUGAUGGAAGUUACAAUCUAUCUGCAAUACUAAAGCUAAUCUACCCCCUAAUAAAACAUUUAAAAAGUUACUGAGUUCUUCAGUACAGGCCAUUCUACUGCCAAUGUUUGUCUAUGGAGAUUGCAUGGCCGUGUGCUCAUUUUUAUACACCUGUCAGCAACAGGUAUGGCUGAAAUAGCCGAAUCCACUAAUUUGAAGGGGUGUCCACCUACUUACGGCCAUGUAGUGUAUGUACAUCAAGGCAGGGUAAAGUGACUAGGCAUCAGGAUAGAUAAUAAGAGUAAAAUAAAGAACAGAGCAGCAGCAGCAUAUGAUAAGUGUAAAAGUGUGUGUGUGUGUGUGUGUGUGUGUGUGUGUGUGUGGUCCAUGUGAAUGUGUGUGAGUUUUGUGUGAGAGUGUCAGUGUAGUGUGUGUGUGUGUGAGUGAGUGUCUAUACACUGUGUGUAUAUAUAGGCAUGUGAGUGUGCAUAGAGUCAGUGCAAGAUAGGGUCAGUGCAGAUAGUCCGGGUAACCAUUUAAUUAACUAUUUAGCAGUCUUAUGGCUAUUUAGCAGUCUUAAGGCUUGGGGGUAGAAGCUGUCUCGGGAGCCAGUUGGUCCGAGAGCCAAUGCUUCGUAAAUGUAUGGUUCUUACAGCCGUCUAACCAGCUGGUUUGUUGAUUUACAUUAAUAUAUCGCCAAGGUCAUCUAGUUUAGUGGUAAUAUAGGUUGAAUAAGAAUAUGCCUAAGCAUAUUGAAUCCUGAGCAGUGAUUGGCCCAUAGCCAGGAAGGAGAGAACAGUGAUUGGCCCGUAGCCAGGAAGGAGUCAGGAUGGGAUUUCCUGUUGGCUCCUUUGUAGUGUCAGACAGACACAGGGCCCAGUGUGCCUCAGGUGUCAGUCCUGUAGUGUCUACAGUACCCCACCUGCUUUAAGCCUAAGGCCAGACAGUAGCCUGCACUAUAGGCCAGAGAGUACUCUCAGUGCCCUCCACUGAUUAAAAUAGACUAGAGAAGAGAUGGCACUGACAUUGACUGAGAGUAUCCUUGUGUAGGUCUAUUGAGGCUGUUUUUAAUCAGGGAUCCAUUGAUGUGGGCUUUAGAAGUAAUAGGGGUCCUUUGUCUCUGAAAUUAGUUUUUUUUAAUGUGGUUUUGAUUAUAAAAAGUAGACUAAAGGCACAGAUAGUCAAUCCACAGGAUGUAACGUAUCAGAGGAUGUCUCGUUCUGAUAUGUGAAUGAGAGCGUCAGAUGCCUUUGCUGUUGUGGCCUUAAUUAAAGAUGGGUGCUGCAACGUUAGGGACUUUUUGGUCCAUUUCCAAAAUGAUUAACUGGUCAGUCUCCAUUCCUUCUCUCAUUCUAUAAGUUAUUGAAUGCUCUUUGAGCUCUCCUCCAGUUGGCUGUCUCUUUACCAUGUCAGUCACAACCAUCUCUCUCUCUCUCUCUCUCUCUCUCUCUCUCUCUCUCUCUCUCUCUCUCUCUCUCUCUCUCUGACGACUUCCCUGUUUUGAAGAAGGGUAAAUGUUUGAAGCCACUGCUACUCCUUGAUAAGAAGUUGAAAUUCCACUGCAACAAGAAAAGGUCCUAAUCACAAAAAGUAAUUUUUUCUCUCUGCUGGCCUCUCUGCCAUCAACACUCUUUCACACCUGACCUGACCCCACAUCACAACAACACAAAUCACUACUCUCCUCAAGACUUCAAAGUCAAAGACCACGGCCAGGUGAGAAAGGAAUCAGUUCAUUAUUCAUAUUUUUAAACCAUUUAGUUUACACCCUUAUCACUUUGUGCCAGAAAGACAAACUACAAAGCCAUAAUCAAAUUAACUAUAAAAAGAGUUUGAUGGCACAGGUUCAUCUGUUGGGUUCUGCUGCCAGCCAGCCUCUCCUAAACCUCAAAGGCUGCCUGGCCUGUCGUAGGCGUGGACCAUGUCACAUGACCAUGCCUCCAGUCCCUCUGCUCCUUCUGUCCACUUCCUCCUCGCUCCGAUAGCCAUCGACACACAGAGCCUGCAGGCCUAGUUAGUGCUGCUUCCUGUAUUUCAUUAAGGGUGCUGGCAGGUCAGGAGCGUCAACGUCCUCCUGUCCCUCCUCCUGCCGUCCUCCUCCUCCUCAGCUGCCCAGGAUGCGGGUGGCUGCGUGUCAAAGGCCACUUUGACACGCAGCCACCACCAUAUUGGAUCCGCCAUGAAGCAUCCUGAGCCAAUGCCUGUCCCUCCUGAGCUGAGAAAUUGUACAUUGAAUAAAGCCACUGAAGACCAAGUCCUGCAAUGACUGUUGCUUGUGCCUGCCUACCUGUCUGUCUGUCUGCCUACCUGCCUGCCAUGGAAAGAACUGGGGCAAAGAUAAGGUCAUAUUAUGUGUUUUUACUACUGUACUGUUAUUUUGAAUGAGAUGCUAUCUCUGAUCAACGACUCCCACCUAACCAUCAGAACGCAACUGCACUUGUUGAUGCUACCACUCAGACAAUAAUCCUACCGCACGAACACCCAGCGCCUGAGGCUAUACUCCACUCUGUCAUGCCAUCUCUAACCCACUGGCCUCUACCCCCCACAUCAACCAUGUCCUAAUUACAGGGGGUACAAAACAUGUAUCAUAUUAACAAACAUGUACACACAGGCACAGACACAAACACAGGUUUGAGGUGCCCAGGCUCCAUUGAUAUUGAGUCUGUUCAAUGUUUGCUUCUUCUGCAAACUGGCAGACAGUGACCACUGGCCUAUGUAGCUCUGUGUUGCCAGAGCGAGAUAAAGAGAGCACUGUGUUAUCAAAAUGUUCACACAGAGCAUGGGCAGAGGGUUUCUCUCUAGGAGAGGGUGGAGUAAGUUAACCUGAUGAUAAUGUUCCCAUGAAAACAGAAGUGCAUCUUGAAGUUAUAAUGGUUCACUGUACCUGGCCAUUUCCAUUUCUGUGGAAAGAGAUGGUGCUUUCAACAUAGGCUCCACUGCAGGGGGUUACAAUAGUGGUUAGUCCCUUUUUACCCCCAUAACUUCCCUUUUCUGUUUAACGUCCCUGUGUCAUACAGUGGGGGAAAAAAGUAUUUAGUCAGCCACCAAUUGUGCAAGUUCUCCCACUUAAAAAGAUGAGAGAGGCCUGUAAUUUUCAUCAUAGGUACACGUCAACUAUGACAGACAAAAUGAGAAAAAGAAAUCCAGAAAAUCACAUUGUAGGAUUUUUAAUGAAUUUAUUUGCAAAUUAUGGUGGAAAAUAAGUAUUUGGUCACCUACAAACAAGCAAGAUUUCUGGCUCUCACAGACCUGUAACUUCUUCUUUAAGAGGCUCCUCUGUCCUCCACUCGUUACCUAUAUUAAUGGCACCUGUUUGAACUUGUUAUCAGUAUAAAAGACACCUGUCCACAACCUCAAACAGUCACACUCCAAACUCCACUAUGGCCAAGACCAAAGAGCUGUCAAAGGACACCAGAAACAAAAUUGUAGACCUGCACCAGGCUGGGAAGACUGAAUCUGCAAUAGGUAAGCAGCUUGGUUUGAGGAAAUCAACUGUGGGAGCAAUUAUUAGGAAAUGGAAGACAUACAAGACCACUGAUAAUCUCCCUCGAUCUGGGGCUCCACGCAAGAUCUCACCCCGUGGGGUCAAAAUGAUCACAAGAACGGUGAGCAAAAAUCCCAGAACCACACAGGGGGACCUAGUGAAUGACCUGCAGAGAGCUGGGACCAAAGUAACAAAGCCUACCAUCAGUAACACACUACGCCGCCAGGGACUCAAAUCCUGCAGUGCUAGACGUGUCCCCCUGCUUAAGCCAGUACAUGUCCAGGCCCGUCUGAAGUUUGCUAGAGUUCAUUUGGAUGAUCCAGAAGAGGAUUGGGAGAAUGUCAUAUGGUCAGAUGAAACCAAAAUAUAACUUUUUGGUAAAAACUCAACUCGUCGUGUUUGGAGGACAAAGAAUGCUGAGUUGCAUCCAAAGAACACCAUACCUACUGCGAAGCAUGGGGGUGGAAACAUCAUGCUUUGGGGCUGUUUUUCUGCAAAGGGACCAGGACGACUGAUCUGUGUAAAGGAAAGAAUGAAUGGGGCCAUGUAUCGUGAGAUUUUGAGUGAAAACCUCCUUCCAUCAGCAAGGGCAUUGAAGAUGAAACGUGGCUGGGUCUUUCAGCAUGACAAUGAUCCCAAACACACCGCCCAGGCAACGAAGGAGUGGCUUCGUAAGAAGCAUUUCAAGGUCCUGGAGUGGCCUAGCCAGUCUCCAGAUCUCAACCCCAUAGAAAAUCUUUGGAGGGAGUUGAAAGUCCGUGUUGCCCAGUGACAGCCCAAAACAUCACUGCUCUAGAGGAGAUCUGCAUGGAGGAAUGGGCCAAAAUACCAGCAACAGUGUGUGAAAACCUUGUGAAGACUUACAGAAAACGUUUGACCUGUGUCAUUGCCAACAAAGGGUAUAUAACAAAGUAUUGAGAAACUUUUGUUAUUGACCAAAUACUUAUUUUCCACCAUAAUUUGCAAAUAAAUUCAUUAAAAAUCCUACAAUGUGAUUUUGUGGAGAAAGAAAAUCUAAUUUUGUCUGUCAUAGUUGACGUGUACCUAUGAUGAAAAUUACAGGCCUCUCUCAUCUUUUUAAGUGGGAGAACUUGCACAAUUGGUGGCUGACUAAAUACUUUUUUUCCCCACUGUAUAUUGUAAUUCACUACUACUGUACAUGACCCACUGACAUACAUUUCCAAUCAAUGUCAACAGUUUUACACACAGGACAGCCAUGGUAGAAAACAGAUCAAUGAUAAAGCACAGAACUUUUCCCAGGACCUGGAUACACAUUCAGCCAUUUCCAAUAUUACAAUGGCAUUACACACAGGACAGCCAUGCUCAAAGCCCUAAAUAUCUUAAUAAAUCCUAGUAAAUAAAUCUACAGUAAUAAUAAUAAUAAUAAUAAUAAUAAUAAUGAUAAAAUAUAUGCCAUUUAGAAGACAACAUUUUAUCCAAAGCGAAAUACAGUCAUGCAUGCAUACAUUUUACAUAAUAAAGCACACAGGACUUUUCCCAGAGAUUCAUGUUGGACACCUGACUAAUCCCCUACCCAGUGUGGGGUCAUCAGGUCUACCCACAUACAGCAGUUUGAGUCCUGGGAAACCCCCUCUACUAGAACAAGUUGGCUUUGUGAGAUAUACUGUAGCUUGACAGGUGAACAAGCCUCACCUUUCAGCUAGGGCUUUUUUUUUGUUGUUCCUGUUGAUGUUGUAGUAGUAUUCAUCAUCAUCAUCAUCAUCACGAAAGUUGUUGCCCUCCUCUUUCUCUUACCGAUCUCAUCGUCUUCCUCAUUAUUACCACCAUCAUCAUCCUUAUCAUCAUCUCCAAAACACAUCCCCCUGCAUCAGUAUGAUGGGUAAGGUAGGUUCUCUCUGUCUAAUCUGGAUUAAUGAUGCAAAUUAUUAAAAAACGUCCAGCCAAUAAUUUGCAUUUACACAAAGCAAAAAGACUGCCUCAGAGGCACUGCUAUGACUGGGCUAUCACAUCUGAACUUCUAUGGGAAUGGAACAGAGUUCGUUUGUAAGGGGCUAAAGUUUGGUAUAAUGAACACUGUUCACUUCAACUCCUGGAGACAUUAAGAGAGUAAAUACCCUUUAAGAUCCUUGUGUGGACAACUAGGCCUACACGAUGGAAGCAGGUGCGUUCAUGGAGGGUACGGUAUAGUAUAUUUUCUCAUGUCUCAUCUCAACAUGGAAAGGCCUUUGUACAAAACAUCUUAAAACAAGAAUAGUACAAAGUUUUCAAAAUAAAUACAAACGUUUAGUGGCCGUAUAAAAGAGCUUUGGCUAAGUCCUUUUUAUAGAUUUAAUAGACUUUUGAAGCCAUGUUUAGUAACAACUGAGGAAAAACAACACGUAUUUUUGUGUCCUGAUGGAUUAGCCUAUAUGGCAUUUGUUCAAUGCCUUAAAAUCUUUGGUAGGUAGUUUAGCAUAUUAUAGUACUGCUAUAUGGUCAUCUUUAAGUUAAAGUCACUAGGGCUUAUCGUUAACCAACUGAAUAAAUCAAAAUGACAUUUUCCAUGUCAAUAUUUAAUUUAUUUCUCAAUUUCUUCUCCAUAACACUGUUCUAUGGAUGUUUAACACUUCUGAGUAGCAUGACAUGACUGCAGAAUGACUGCAGACAUCACUGUUAUAUAAUUGUCUAGGCGUAUCUUGCUUCUUCUAGACUGUAUUUUCUAAAAUGCUUUUAUCUGAAAUUAAAUAAAAUGGCAUUGUGGGUUCCAUCUAACUUCUCCCAUGAUCUCAUGGUAUGGAAACUAGAGGGAUGAAAUAACUGCAGAUUGGACAAUGCCAAUGCACGUUGUAGCCAAUGUUGAUAUAAGAUCUCAAAUAGGGACUUUCUGUAUCAUAUAUUUUCUUUUUACAGUCCUGAGGAAAAUAUGUUGCCAAAAAAAUAAUUAUAUAGCCCCACAGCUCUUGCAUAAUACUCAUGUUGUCUCAUUGAAACCCUGAUGAAGACACCUUGCUGUCGGAAUUAUUAAAUCGGAGCUACUAGAAUGAGCGGAUUUUCCUUUUCUUUUAAUGUCUCAUUUGAUUGUACAAUGUGUCUAGAGAGAGAGAGUGAAUAUCCUGCCUGGUAGGCUACGAAUAUAUUGACAAAUACAUACAGGUCAAAUGCUUAAUAACAUUAUCAUAACAAUGAUCACUAUUUAUAUUCUCGGGAUAAACAGAAGGUUUUGACUCUCCCGUGGUUUCUUUGCAGAGUACUCCAAAAGAGUGUACCAGGGUGUCAGGGUCAAACACACUGUCAAAGACCUUCUGGCAGAGAAGAGACAGAGACAGACAAGUGUUCCCAGGUUCAACGUGAGUUUACUUUUUGGCUUGUCCUCUUUUGUUCCCAUCCAUUUUCUCUCUUUUUCUUUGCCUUUCUGUCUUUCGCUCCCUAGUAGCCUCUCAGAUUGUUUACAUUCUGUAUCGUCUUUCUUUCAAUUAAACAAUCAACACGACCACCACCGACCACACAAAGGAAAUACCCAUGGAGAGAGUGUGUGAGAGAGAGUGAAAGUGUGUGCUCCCAACAGGCUUCAGUUGACAGUAGGCUACAUCCCUGCUGGGCUUUCUGUUGUAGCACUAGCAGGUCACCUAUCAGAAUCCUGAAAUCAGACACACCUGCCAAUGCUACCAGCCUUCUCCCCAGCAGAUCAUUUCAGACAAGCGAGCCAUUGUUGAGCCCCAGACAGUUAAGCUGAGGUUAGGCCAUAUCUAAACCCAGGCCUAGAACAAACAGGGAAAGACAACAAGCUCCUUUUAUCAGCCACCACCAAAUCAUAAAAUGGCUGCUCGUUUUCUGUUGGGGACAGGUCAGUCUGAUGACUCUGAUCACAAAGAGCUCGACUCUUUUUCAUUAGCUCUCAAUGGGAAUGGGGACUGUUUAAAUAAACUGAUGUAUUGUCAAUUGACAUAUAUUUGUAUUCUCAUAGAUAUGGUUGGUCAUUGUUGGCUGGCUGAAAAGCUUGGUUCACACACAUCUAUGAGAAUAGAAUACAAAUAAAUGGUUGAUCAUUGUUGGCUGCCUGAAAAGCUUGGUUCACAUGUGUGUCUUAUGACAGUUUAUGUGAAACUAUAUCAAUGGUUCAUGCAGCAGAGCAUGAGGGAAUUUACCUAGUUCUGCUAUUACACUGUAAUCAUACCAUCCAAACAGUUUAGAAAAAUAACUAAACCUGUGUGAAGGACAAUUUUGGUGGUGAUUUCAAUUAAAUUCACUCACUGGAAGGUCAAAUUGAUUUAUUCUAAACGGAAUGAAAGACCGGGGUCAUUUUGCCAGUGCAUUGCUGCUCAGAGUAAUUGGAAAAUACAAGUCCAUUUAACUCUCAUAUAGUGUUUAGAUUGGUGUGGUAUAAUUAACUAAACCAGUCCAACUCUGCAGGUGUGAUGUCUUCUCAGCCAUCAGCCCCAGUCAGUAUUGGCUCUGUAUUAUAUCUGUGCUGUAGUGUAUUAGUUUGUGUUUCAAUCAAAUGUAUUUAUAAAGUCCUUUUUACAUCACCAGAUGUCACAAAGUGCUUAUACAGAAACCCAGCCUAAAACCCAAAAGAGCAAGCAAUGUGUACUCACUAGGGAAAUGGCACUUGGAUGGGGUAGGGCACAUCCCAAUGGCGAUCUGGCAAAUUAAAUUCAAAUUUUUGCCCACAACAUUUGCCUGCCUGCCCUCCAUCCCUCCUCCUUCCCUUCCCCCUCGGUCUCACUCAGUCUCUCACAUUCUCUCUCUCCCUCUCUCUCAUGCUCAUUGCUUACUUCCUCUCACUCCGUCUCACCAGAAUUGUGUGCUUGAUCCAAGUUCAGUGCAGUGUUUUGCAUAAUGCACAUGCGCAUGCACGCACCCGCACACACACACACACACACACACACACACACACACACACACACACACACACACACACAAAGUGGUGCCAGUGUGGUAGGUAGUAACCAUUAGUCUCUGUCUCAUCAGCAGGCUGGGACAAGUAAUUCCCAGGCAGCCUUUGUGCAGAUGCCAGGUGAGUCUAUUGUUGGAUCCUAUUGUAAUACUCCCUAUGGCUGAAGCUUUUACAACAGCAUACAGUAUGUGGGGAUACCUGCUCCUAUUUAGCUCAGUUGGUAAGAACAUGGUGCUAGUCAUGGGUUCAAGUCUGGCUGGGAUCACAUACACUAAAAUGUAUGGACACACUGUAAUUUAAGUCGCUUUGGAUAAAAUGAUCUGCUAAAUGGUAUAUAUUAUUGAGGGGGAGGGAUUCCACUGUUACACUGGAAGCUUCACCUCUAGCCUCUUUCUACAGGAUCCCAUAUGCUUCCUGCUUACUAUAGCAUGCGGAGGCCCCCCUACCUGACUGACUCAGACUUCAGCCCGUCCACUAAGCAGUACUCCUCAGACCCCUACAGCUCAGCCCUGGGGGGUAAGGCCCUCUCCUACGACCACCCCUCCACUUACCCUGCCUAUAUUGACAGCUACUAUGCACCUGAGUCAUUUGGGGACUACCGUGGUCCCACAGCCUUCUCUACCAGCGGAGGAUCCCUCUUCCCCACCUCGUCUCUACCUCAUCUGCUGCCACCUCUCCCUGGGGAAUCAUCAAAUCUCCUCCUGGUACAAACACAUUUCAAUUUUACUGCUAUAGAGACAGUCUGAAAAAGAAUACAAAGAAAGAGAGACAGAGAGUGAGAGAGUCUUCCUUUAGUGUGUCACAGUGCAUUUGAGCCGCUGUCUUAGAAAACGUGAAGGUCUCCCUUACGGUCAGUCAAGUGUAAGACUUUUAGGUUGUAAAAGACACCAGUCAGUCCUCAAAUGCCCCUCCAUUACUUUCAUAUUUGUUUUAUCAUCACAACCUCUGUCAUGUGAAAGAGCAUUAUAUCCCUUUCACUAGCUCUAGCAGAAACACUGAGUAUUAUGUGAAUACAGUAGAUCUGUGUGUUGCUCUCUUAACCUUCCCCUCACUGUUCUCAUGUCUUCCCUCAAAAGAGAGACUCUUGGGAGCAGUCUGACGGACACUCAGUGAGCCAGGGUGAGGUCCUGUGUUCCGAGGGCCCCAUGCCCACCACAGCCUCCUCUGGCCUGGCUUCUGCUGACCCCGACAGCCCCUCCCUCUAUCGGCUGAUCCCCGGCCGUAGUGGAGGAUCCACCCUGUCCGGCUCCCAGCCCUACUCCCUACACCCCCUGGAAGAGGUGCACUACCCUGGUGCCUCGUACAGCCCCUCAUCCAGCUACCCCUCCAGUUACACAUAUUUGACGUCCCCAGGGGAGCCUCCAGGGGUCAAGGUAUCGCCUGUGCCCUCGGAGGACCCUGGCAGUGUAGCCGUCCCCCUCAGUGAUGCCUCGUGGGCCAAGGAUGAUGGGACUGGCUCUUGGUUGCCAUAUGAACCCAGGAAAGCCUAUUGAUACGCAUGGACCCUGACUGAGACAUGGACUGACAUGUCAUUGUGGACAUUAAUGGAUAGAUACAGUACAGUUCACUACAGAGUCACUUCCACGGAGAAUGGGUGAAUGUGGG